UCCCACCUGUACACUGUAGGCCUACCUACUGGGUGGGUUGAGAGCACUUGUCAAUCAACGUUACAGUUCUAGCUAGGACCACACCAUUGAUUGGCCAAACCUGCUGUUCCCACUUCCAACAUCAUGACAUUUCUAAUUUAUUCAGCUUUUAUAUUGUCGCGGAGAUGCAAAGGGGAAAUGUAUCGAAGUAAGGAGAGUUGAGUUAGGUUAGAUAUCACAAUUUGGCCAAAAUAUGAGUACGUCCACACCAGAAGCGAAUUGAGCGACCAAAUCGCCGGAAGUCAUUCACUUUCUAUGGGCAAGAGCGACCAAAGCGACCAAAGCGACCAACGCUACCAGCGGCCAAAGUUGAGCGGCCAGAGCGUCAAAAAGAAGUUGAAACCUUUUUAACUUUAUGCAAAUGACUAUGACGCGCUUCAGCGGCCAAACACUGACAGCCAAUCGGAAUGUAGACGCUCUUCGCUUGCGUGGAUCCCAGGGAACACCGGCAGGCACUUUGGUUCCUACCUACCUUCAUUCACUAGCUGAACAAAAUGUCGGCUGAAGUACUAAUCGCGGCUGUAACUGGGCACCCGGUGUUGUACGACCCAACCCUUUUUCAGUUUAGAGAUCGGAACGCCAAGGCCCUGGCCUGGGCGGAGGUGUCACGCGUGGUUGGUUGGUCUGUUAAUGAGUGCAUCAAGAAGUGGAAGGGUCUCAGGGACACCUACAGGAAGAAUAGGAAAAAGGAAAAGGAAAGGAGGAGGAGUGGUGCAGGGGCAGGGAAGCCAUGGAAGUAUGCCCGCAUAAUGGCCUUCAUAGAUCCAUUCAUGGAAGACCGCCAAAGCCAGACCAACAUGGCAGGGCCAGUGAGUGAGAGUAAGAGUGAAGAGGACACAGACCAGGCAGCACCAGGGAGAGCACCGGUCGAGGACCAGGACGCCCCGGGGAGAGCACAGGCCGCUGACCGGCUAGCACCACAGGCCGCUGACCAGCUAGCACCACAGGCCGCUGACCGGCUAGCACCACAGGCCGCUGACCAGCUAGCACCACAGGCCGCUGACCGGCUAGAACAACAGGCCGCUGACCGGCUAGCACCACAGGCCGCUGACCGGCUAGCACCACAGGCCGCUGACCGGCUAGCACCACAGGCCGCUGACCAGCUAGCACCACAGGCCGCUGACCGGCUAGCACCACAGGCCGCUGACCGGCUAGCACCACAGGCCGCUGACCGGCUAGCACCACAGGCCGCUGACCGGCUAGCACCACAGGCCGCUGACCGGCUAGCACCACAGGCCGCUGACCAGCUAGCACCACAGGCCGCUGACCGGCUAGCACCACAGGCCGCUGACCGGCUAGCACCACAGGCCGCUGACCGGCUAGCACCACAGGCCGCUGACCGGCUAGCACCACAGGCCGCUGACCAGCUAGCACCACAGGCCGCUGACCAGCUAGCACCACAGGCCGCUGACCAGCUAGCACCACAGGCCGCUGACCAGCUAGCACCACAGGCCGAGGAGCAGGCAGCGGGAAAGAGCAGGAGAAAGACAGGACGAGGCAGAGACCAGACUCGUGAUGCUCUUGAUGCGGAGAGGCUCAUCACAGCUAUAGAGGCUGUUAGCAAUCGAGUAGUGAGUCAGAGUCCUCCAGAGGACUCUGACUCACUAUUCUUUCGAAGCCUCCAAGAGGAUUUUAAAAAGCUGUCUUUUAAGACUAGAGAGGAUCUAAAGUUCCAAAUGUACAGGAUGGUGUACGAGGCCAAGUGUCGUGAGGUUGACAUGUGGGAUAAGGGGAACGGGGUGCAGCUGACAACAUUGUGAGGGGUGUUAUAGUAAGCUUAUCACCCUCGCAGUGCUGUCAGCUGCACCUUGUUCUUCUCCCUCACAUGCCAUUUAUAUAUAUACAUACACACACACACACACUUCAAUUUUACAACUUUCUUUUGAUGUUCUCUUUCACAUGUACACAAGUUUGUUUCUUUGUUAAGUUCCCACAUGUGCACUUUUAUCAGCAUUUGCUGAUUUGUUAAAUUGAAUAAAUAUUUCCAA